CCCUCGGCGUUUCAGUCGAACGCGAUGCAACUUUACUUGGCACCAUCGUUGCCAUCUACGAAAUUGGAUGCUGCGUCGGCGCGCUGGCAACUGCCUUUUACGGUGAACGUCUCGGUCGUCGCAAGUCCAUCAUGGUUGGCGCUGUCUUUGCCGUGAUUGGUGCUGUCCUUCAAGCGACCGCUAGCACCGUCUCUCACAUGAUUGUCGGACGUAUCGUUACAGGUCUCGGUGUUGGCUGCAUCAACUGCAUCUGCCCUGUCCUCCUCGCUGAGUCCGCCACCCCUAAAUCUCGCGGUCGUCUCGCCUGUGUCCAGCUGUCGACGCUCAACGCUGGUAUCAUGAUGGCAUACUGGGUCGACUAUGGCUUCAACCAAAUCGCAAGCAAACCUGCAUACGCUUGGCGUAUACCAGUCGCACUGCAAAUUGUCUUCAUGGUUGCCAUUCUCCUGCUUGCCAUUGUUGUUCCUGAGACGCCACGAUGGCUCGCUGCGCAUGGUCGUGGCGAUGAAGCACUCAUUGUUCUUUCUCGUCUUGCUGACCGCGACUCCUCCGACGCUGGUGUACAGGAGACUUACCAAGGUAUCAUGCAUGCUGUCGAACUGGAGCGCGAUGCUGGCGUUGGCUCAUGGAGGGAGAUUCUCAAGGGUGACAAGAUCAAGUCUCGUCGACGAUUCUUGAUUGCUUGUGGUAUUCAAUUUGCUCAACAGAUUGGCGGUAUCAAUGGCCUCAUCUUCUACUCUGGCAUCAUCUUCUCGCAAUCCAUUCGACUCUCCAACUCAACAGCCAAUUUGGUUUCCGGCCUCUUGUUCACUUGGUUCUUUGUGGCAUCCUUCAUUCCUCACUUCAUCAUCGACUGGGCAGGCCGUCGAAAGCUCCUCUUGUUCACAGUCACCGGCAUGUCACUCAUCUUUGCCAUCGAGGCAGGUCUCAUCAAGCAACUGCAAGAAGUUGGCUACAACAAGCCUAUUGGUAUUGCUGCCGCUGCGAUGCUUUUCCUCUUCUUGGGCCUCUUUACAAUUGGUUUCCAAGCAGUUGUUUGGCUUAUUCCUUCUGAGGUCUUGCCUCUACGUCUCCGCAACAAGGGUUCUGCAGUCUCAACGGCUAGCAAUUGGAUCACCAAUUAUGCAAUUGUACAAAUCACACCCAUCGGUAUCAAGAACCUCGGCUGGAAAUUUUACCUCAUCUUCUUCGCCAUCAAUCUAGUGGCUGUUGGUUUCAUCUACUGGUUUAUCCCAGAGACAGCAGGCAUGUCUCUUGAAGCAGUCGAUGACUUGUUUAUUGGUGCUACAGGGUGUGCUGGAAAGUGGCGAGCAAAAGAAGGGCGGACAACGCAGAUCCACAGGCGCAAUACAAGCUCGAGUGCUGAUUAUGAGACGAAAGUCGGGAUUUCGAGUUCUCAUCAUGAGGUGUCGUGAGUGGCGUUGUCCGCGAAAUCCAUUCAACAAACUUCAAUUUUCUUGUACAAAAAAA